CUUUUACUUUUUUCUCUAAAUAAAAAGACAAUAUGUUUACUGGUCUCGUUGAAAUCAUGGGCAGAGUCUCCUCUAUUAAGGAGCAAGACAACACUGAGUCAGGUGGUAAUGGCUGGACUAUUACUGUUUCUGACGCUACUGACAUCUUGACUGACUGUCAUAUUGGCGACAGUAUUGCUGUCAAUGGUACCUGUUUAACUGUGACCGAGUUUGAUGCCGAUGCUUUCAAAGUAGGUGUUGCACCCGAAACUUUAAGAUGUACCAACUUGGGUGACCUGAAAGAAGGUGAUCGUGUCAACUUGGAGCGCGCCAUGGAUUCCAAAAAGCGUUUUGGUGGCCAUAUGGUUCAAGGCCAUGUUGACAAUACUGUCAAGAUUAUUGAUAUUAAGCCUGAAGGUAAUUCCAUUUGGUAUACAUUUCAAAUGGACGAAGCAGAUAAAGACAAGAUGCGAUACAUUAUUCCCAAGGGCUAUGUUUGUCUAGACGGCACUUCUUUGACUGUGUGUGACGUGGAUGAUCACCAGCGCACUUUCUCUAUUAUGAUGAUUGCCCAUACACAAGCUAAUGUGAUCAUGCCCUCGAAGCAAGUGGGUGAUCGUGUGAAUGUAGAAGUAGACAUGUUGGCUAAAUAUGCACUUAAGAGUUUAGAAGAAGCUAUUCUGCGUAACGAAGGUAUUGAAGCUUUAGUAAAGCGUCUAGUCAAAUAAAG